AUGCAGUUCUAUGGAAUAUUUACGUUAAUUUUUGUAAACUGUAAUUUCAUAACAGCGAUUCAGAGGAGAGAUUUACUACCUUAUGGUCCAACCAAGGGAGAUGUUUUACUUAAAGAAGGAGACGACGAAAUAUCCGUGGUGCUGAAACUUAAAAAGUCCUUGCAGUUCUACAACACGGAAUUCAACAUUCUGUAUGUGGGCACCAAUGGCAUCCUAUCCACUGAACCUCCUCCCAGUGAGUCUGAGUACCUGAUCAGAGGUUUCCCCUUAAGCUUCCCCGUCAUUGCACCCUUUCUGACCGAUAUUGACACCAGCGAGGGAAGAGGAGCCGUGUAUUUCCGAUCCGAAGAAUCUUUAGAUACGUUGAUCAGAGUGACUCACAUGGUGCAGAAGGGUUUUCCCCAAAUGAGAUUUCGGGCCACGCAUUGCGUCAUUGCCACAUGGGACCAAGUCAGUUUUUAUGAAGUAGAGAGUUACGAGUCCCAGACACACAUUACAGUGAACACUUUCCAGACAGUAUUGGCUGGAAAUAAAACGGACACGUUUGCUUUGUUCUUGUAUCCCGAGGGAGCCCUCCGGGCUUCGGGGAUCAGGGACAAUACUUCAGACAGCUCAGAAGCAGGACCUACUACAGCACGAGUUGGUUUUAACAGGGGAGAUACCUCCACGACUGAAGGGCUCUUUUACAGUCUUGUCAGCAAAGAUGAGUCUAUCAAAAAACUCUUUCAGGCAGGAAACUCUGGCUUUAAAGGAGUGUGGAUAUUUCACAUCGGAAGCAGUCGAUUUGACUUCCAGAGGGUGGUUCCUGCAGUGGUUCCAAAGGCCACUCCUGCUGCUUCUCCUCAGGGCUUGGAAAGUGGGUUCAACAGCGCAGUGAAACCCCAGGCCACAGGCACAGAUGACAACUCUUCUGUUCUGAUAGGUCAAAGAUCUGUAGCCCACCCUGACACCCAUAAUGAGACGCAAGGCUCCUCUCCACUGAAGUCCUUAAGUCAGUCUCCACCUGUGCAGUCUGCAGGCAGUCUGAUCAAUGCCACGGAGACAUGUGGCUCCAUCCAUUUGCACUGUUCCCAGGACAGUUUCUGUACAGAACAUCCAACUGGUCCAUGCUGUCAGUGUCGCUCAGGUUUCUAUGGCAACGGCAGGCAGUGCUUUCCUGGAGGAGUUUCACAACGCCUGAGUGGGAAACUGCAUGGCCUCAUCUCCAUUGGGGGCACAAAGGUGCAGCUGAAGUGGGCGGAUCUGCACGGAUACGCUGUGGUGGGGGAGGGACGAGUCUACGUGUCCAUCGGUCCUGUCCCGGACAGAGCAGGUUGGGCCCUUAUGACCGUGGGUCCCUUAAUCUCUCUGUUUGGGUGGCUCUUUGCCCUGGAGCUGAAGAACCACCAGAACGGCUUCAGUAUCACAGGAGCUGAGUUCACUCACCAUGCAGAGAUGACCUUCUACCCCAAUAAAGAACAUCUCAAUGUUACACACGUGGCUCGAGGUUUGGAUUCAUUUAACCACAUUCGACUGGAUACUCACAUUCAGGGAUACUUACCCAGCAUUCCUCAGGGUGCCCGGGUUCAAAUCCAGCCUUAUAAGGAGACUUACCAGUACAACAACUCAGUGGUGACCUCGUCGUCUCUGAGGGACUACACCGUGGUGUCUGAAAACGGAGGAGCAGAGACAUUUUCUUUCUUAUUACGCCAGAAUGUGACAUUGAGAGGGUGCCAACACGGGCCGUGGAACAUUCCAGACUUCCAGCAGCUGGAUGUGGAGCACACUUUGGUCACGUAUUCACCUGAGGGCCACAUCCUGAGAUAUGCUAUCAUCAACACGGUGGGACCUGUCGGAGGUGAGCUUCCAGGGCUUUUAGAGGUGAACCCUUGCACAUCAGGGAAACAUUACUGUGACCCCAUGGCCCUCUGUCUGCCAGGUGAAGGUGUUCAGUACCACUGCCAGUGUGCCAUGGGCUUCAGAGGAGAUGGACGUAACUGCUAUGAUGUGGAUGAAUGUACUGAAGGUUUGAGUGCCUGUGGACCUCACUCACAGUGUGUCAACUUGCCCGGAAGUCACCACUGCCACUGCGACACGGGCUACGAGUUUGACUUUGACUGGCGCGUCUGCGCUGAUAUCGAUGAAUGUUUGCUCCAGCUGUGUCACCCGUUCGCCUCCUGCUCAAACACCCCAGGCUCCUUCCACUGCCAGUGUUGGCCCGGAUACGAGGGCGACGGCUUCCUGUGCCAACCCCAUCAGGAACCUGGGCCUGCCCUGACAGUGUGUCAGCAGCAUAGGGACAGUCUUCUGAAGAGCACUGGACUCUUAGAUGGACAUCCUCUGGGAGAUAUAUAUAUCCCACAGUGUAGUGAGGAGGGUCUCUACAAACCACUACAGUGUUUGGGUACCACUGGUCAUUGCUGGUGCGUGGACAGCAGGGGGCAGGAGAGAGUGGGCACUAGAACACUGCCAGGCAAUCCACCAGCCAACUGUGACCAGCCAGCCCCUCUGCUUCCCCGUGCCGAGACUCUGUGCGAACGCUGGAGGUCCAGUCUGUUGAGUCAUUACGGUGGCCAGCCUUCCGCUCAAGACUACAUGCCACAGUGUGACAGCCAAGGUCACUUCUCGCCCGUCCAGUGCUACGGCAACAGCAGUUUCUGCUGGUGCGCGGACAAGCGAGGCCGAGAGGUGACGGGGACGCGAUCUCACGAUGCCGUCAAACCGCCCUGUAUCUCGGACAUACCUCCUUAUUUGCCGCAGUCGCUGGUGAAUCCCACGGUCAUCUCUGUGCCCUCGGGGUCAGCCGUCCUGUACGCCGGCGGCCCGUGGAUCGGAGUCGUUCCUCUGGACGGGGCUCGUCUGGACCACGAUCGUUUUUUUGUGCUCACUGCCCAGCAGGACUCCUUAGUCACUGGGCUGGGCUUUGACUGUAGAGAAAACAUGCUCUACUGGACAGACCUGACCAGACGAUCUAUCAGCAGAGUGAGGCUCGUACCAGGGCAUGAACCAGAGCUGAUUAUAGACGCAGAGUUGAGCUGUCCAGAGGGCGUGGCGGUGGACACGGAGCACAGGAAGUUGUAUUGGGUGGACAGCGGGACCGACAGAAUUGAAACGUCUCACCUGGAUGGGCGUGGCCGGGCCGUCCUGUUCGACAGUGACCUCGUCAACCCCAGAGCCCUUGUAGUCCACUCAGAGACACAAACCUUGUUUUGGACGGACUGGAACCGGGACGGCCCUAAAAUCGAGUGUUCCACGACGGAUGGUCGCAACAGAAAGAUUUUAGUUCAGGAGGGCCUUAAUUUACCCAACGCUCUGACCUUUGACACCAAAACCAAACAGCUUUGCUGGGCAGAUGCAGGCACAAAGAGACUGGAGUGUGUAGCUCCAGAUGGAACAGGGAGACUGGUUAUCAACAGUCAACUUGAGUACCCUUUCAGCCUGGACAUAUAUAACAGUCAUGUCUUCUACACAGACUGGAAAAGGGAUGGAAUAUCAGUGUUAGACAAGUCUACGGGCAAACAGACGGACUUCCUGCCAAUCCAGAUGUCACACCUUUAUGGAAUCGCUGUCAUCCCAUCGGAUUGUUUAUAG